AUGGCAGUAGCAGCUUCCUUUGAGACGAAUUUUCCUGGAUCAGUGCGAACUGCAAGGAAGCGGGUGAUAGAUUCGGAGCUGAAGAAUUAUGUGGCCGCAAAUAUAGUUGCUUUAACUCCCCAGUAUAAAGAACAGAGGUUAGAGUUUGCAAGACAAUUUUACUGGCGUCCACGAUGGUACGACGCGGCAAUAAUAUUAUUUCUCGGUUGCAUCUGCGUGUCCGUAAGUGAUGGAGACGGCAAUGUGCUGCACAUCGGCGGCAUCUUCCCCAUCGCGGGUGAGGGCGGCUGGCAGGGCGGCCAGGCCUGUAUGCCGGCCGCCAACCUUGCCCUCGAGGACGUCAACGCCAGGCGGGACCUGCUGCCCGGCUACGUGCUCAAGCUGCACAGCAACGACAGCGAGUGCGAGCCCGGCCUGGGAGCCAGCGUCAUGUAUAAUCUCCUCUACAACGAGCCGACGAAGCUGAUGCUGCUAGCAGGAUGUAGUACGGUGUGCACCACGGUGGCGGAGGCAGCCAAGAUGUGGAACCUUGUUGUGUUAUGCUACGGAGCAAGCUCGCCGGCACUAUCUGACCGAAAUCGUUUCCCCACUCUGUUCCGGACCCACCCUUCAGCCACCGUGCACAACCCCACUAGGAUAAAACUAAUGAAAAAGUUCGGAUGGUCCAGGGUGGCUAUCCUGCAGCAAGCGGAAGAAGUAUUUAUAUCCACCGUGGAGGACCUGGAGGCCAGGUGUACGGAAGCGGGUAUAGAAAUAAUAACCAGGCAGUCCUUUCUAUCGGAUCCCACAGACGCCGUGAGGAAUCUCAGGAGACAGGAUUCAAGGGUUAUUGUGGGGCUGUUCUACGUCGUAGCCGCGAGGCGAGUUCUGUGCGAGGUGUACAAGCAGAGUCUCUACGGGAAACAAUAUACCUGGUUUUUUAUAGGCUGGUACGAGGACAACUGGUUCGAGGCCAACUUAGAGAAGGAGGGUAUCGACUGCACGGUGGAACAGAUGCGCAUCGCAGCCGAGGGCCACCUCACUACCGAGGCCCUCAUGUGGAAUCAGAACCUGAACGAGCGCACCAUCUCCGGAAUGACUUCGGAGGAUUUCAGGCACCGGCUGAACGACGUACUUAGGCGCGAGGGCUACGACAUUGAUAACCAGCGAUACCCAGAGGGCUAUCAGGAGGCCCCGCUGGCCUACGACGCAGUGUGGUCAGUCGCAUUGG